CGCCGGCCGGGGCUGCUGCUGCCGCUGCUGCUGCCGCUGCCGCUGCCGCUGCGCCCUGGCCCCGCCGCCGCCGCGCAGCUGCAGCCCCGCUCCCGCCCGCGGCGCGCCGAGACCCCAGCCCACGCCCGGUGGUGGCAGGCUUCAUCAGCAGUAUCUUAAUGUUUGGAAAGUUCUGAGACUCACUCUGUUGGACUACUUGUAACCAGUACCUGAGACUACAGAAACGUAUGUGUGGAAGAACCUUUCCGUGAAGGAAGCAUCCAUCUCAAUAUUGUGGAAACUCUGUGCAAGCCUUGCAAGGCAGGAGAGCAAUUUGUGCUUCCGUUGACGCUCGUGUGUAAUCUCUGCUUCUUAUGCACUCCAGCACCCCUAUCAGUUCCUUGUUCUCCUUUACCAGCCCUGCAGUGAAAAGGCUGCUGGGCUGGAAACAAGGAGAUGAAGAGGAAAAGUGGGCAGAAAAAGCUGUUGAUUCCUUGGUGAAGAAGUUAAAGAAGAAAAAAGGUGCCAUGGAAGAGCUGGAAAGGGCUCUGAGCUGCCCAGGUCAGCCCAGUAAAUGUGUCACGAUCCCACGUUCCUUGGAUGGUAGACUGCAGGUGUCUCACCGCAAGGGGCUUCCCCAUGUCAUAUACUGCAGAGUGUGGCGUUGGCCUGAUUUGCAAUCUCACCAUGAGUUGAAACCACUGGAAUGUUGUGAGUUCCCAUUUGGCUCAAAACAGAAAGAAGUGUGUAUUAACCCCUACCAUUACCGGCGGGUGGAAACCCCAGUCCUACCUCCUGUACUCGUUCCGAGACACAGCGAGUUUAACCCUCACCUCAGCCUUCUUGCCAAGUUUCGAAACACUUCUCUGCACAGCGAGCCACUGAUGCCGCACAAUGCCACCUAUCCUGAUUCUUUCCAGCAUCUUCCAUGCACUCCUUUUCCAUCAUCACCCAGCCACAUGUUCUCUCAGUCGCCUAACAGCAUCAGCUAUCCCAACUCACCAGGAAGCUCUUCCGGACCAGGAAGUCCCUAUCAACUCACGGUGGAAACUCCACCUCCACCUUACCAUGCAAGAGAACCUCCAGGAACCCACAAUGGGCGGUCAAUGGAUGCAAUAGCUGAAAGUCAACUAGUGCUGUCUUUGCCCAAUGGAGGUAAAUCUGCCGAUGGAGAAGCUGAAAACUUUCGGCCUGUUUGCUAUGAGGAACCGCAACACUGGUGCUCGGUUGCCUACUAUGAACUCAACAACCGGGUAGGGGAGACUUUCCAGGCUUCCUCUCGAAGUAUCCUUAUAGAUGGAUUUACAGAUCCCUCAAAUAACAAAAACAGGUUCUGCUUGGGACUGCUCUCAAAUGUAAACCGCAACUCUACUAUAGAAAACACCAGGAGACACAUAGGAAAAGGUGUUCAUCUUUACUAUGUUGGUGGGGAAGUUUAUGCUGAAUGUGUCAGUGACAGCAGUAUUUUUGUGCAAAGCCGUAACUGUAACUACCAGCAUGGUUUCCACCCAGCCACUGUCUGCAAGAUCCCCAGUGGCUGCAGCCUCAAGAUCUUCAACAACCAGCUUUUUGCCCAGUUGCUGGCUCAGUCAGUCAAUCAUGGUUUCGAAGUGGUGUAUGAGCUGACCAAGAUGUGUACUAUUCGAAUGAGCUUUGUUAAAGGCUGGGGAGCAGAGUAUCAUCGCCAAGAUGUUACAAGCACGCCCUGCUGGAUUGAGAUCCACCUGCAUGGACCAUUGCAAUGGCUGGAUAAGGUGCUGACACAGAUGGGAUCACCUCAUAACCCCAUCUCCUCAGUCUCUUAAGAAUCAUCUCUAGAACUCCCUUAGGAUGGAUGCUAUUGCAGGCAGUGGCUUAUAGGAUUUCCAGUGAACAGAAGCUUCUAUAUGUAGAUGUAUGUAGAUGUAAAUAUACCUAUACAUAGUCUACGCUCCUUUUUUAUUUCCAUGUUACGUUUUGUGGUUUCUAGUUACUCUGAUGCCAGUACAGUAAGGUUAGAAAUUCAGGUAUAGCAUAUCUGUUCUCUAGUACAAAAUAAGCCAAAUUCCUGCAAAAGUGUCAGACAUUUCCUGUGAGCAUCUUCAUUCCCCAGCCAAGCCAGUAAACGGUGCAAAUUGUCAGCACUUUCAUGCAGAUUCAGAAACCUGGCUGUAGCUGUUCCUAGUAGGUGAAAUUCACCCCUCUGCAGGCAACCAAAGUCUGAUCUCUGCACCAUUUAUAUCCAUUUUUCAUCCUAAUGUCAGGUCUUAAAAGAGGACCUUAGGUGGUGCACAGGACUUAUGCAUAGAGAUGACUUUUAUCCAGUGAACCAAAGGACUAAACUGUAAUUCCAGUCUGUCUCCCUACUGCAAAGCACGAUGGGACAACAGAUCCUCUGACGAGCUGAGGCACCCCUCUCUCCCCUAGGAUUUGGCAGGAGGAGAGAGCCCUCGGGACGCGUUCAGCACUGGAGCCUUAUCAGAGCAUUCUGGACACAUCCAAGUAGUCUGAUACUGUUGACACAGUAGUGUACGGUACUGUUGCACUGAAAAGCAACAAGCUUCUAAGGAAAAAAAAGAAAAAGAAAGAAAAUUUGAAAUAUAUGCCUGUAACUUUAAAAACUAAUUAAUUCCAGUGCUUUUUUGCAAAGUACAUACAUACUUGCAUACGUAUCCGGCAUGUAAACUGAAUCCUAUCCAUUAUACAGUAUUGAUGUAGUUUGUUUUAAAGUUAAGACUGUCUGUAGUUAGACUACUGUGCUGAUAUCAAGGGUACGUCCGAAAGGGACUUGAACUGUGAUUCAGGGAAGAGAAAUGAAAUGUGCAGUGAAGAACUGAAUAAUUACUUUAUCAUUCGUCUUGGGAUAGUCUCUGUACUGGGAACAAGAAGCCCCACGCUCACAGGAUGCAGUGAGGAGGAGGCGGGAGUCAGCUAUGUCCACCCCAGUGCUGGGCUAAUCCUUGGGAUCUGACUGCAGCGCUCGGGUUUGAUGGAGAGGGCUUCCCUGACAGUCCCUUCACACAUCCGCAUGGAUGGUUCCUCACCUUAGAUACAGGCUUCAGCGUUUGCAGCGCUUUUGCCUCACAGCAAAGGAUGGUGAGGCAGUACAAGCCACGAAUAAGCCAAGAGUGAAUCUAUGUGCAGAACCUUUCUUAAAGGGUCUUUGGUCCUUCUGUAAGCAAGGAAACUUACUGCCCUCACCUGCAUCCACAGAGCCAGCCUUGCAAAAUGCAGUUCACUUUGUAACCUUUUCUGAGGAGGCAGGUGAUACUCUUAGUACAUUUUGAUGGUCUUUUUACUACCUUCCUUAAGGGGUAGAGGGUUAUUUCUUUCAGGUAUAACAGUCCACUGAAAAUUGUUUUGCUUUAAGGGCUAGAAAGAGUGAUAACUUCUCCAAUCUCAUUCCUCCUUAGAACAUACUAGAAUUAUCCUGAGGAGAAAAAAACCAAAACCAAACAUUUUACAGAAUGUUUCUUUUCUUCUCACACAAUAUCUGGUGCUACACAUUUUAGUGCAUAAUUAGAAGAGGAUGCCUGAAAUCUUCAUCUACAUCACAUAAUCCAAAGGAAAUAUCAUUCACUAGAAAGACUUCCCAUAUGUUUUAGAUGCUGUGAAGUACCUGUAACAGUGGUAAUUAUGAACAGAGCAGAAGAAUCAGUAAACUAGCGGAGUUACUUCAUUUAAAUGCAUCUUCAGCUGCCUGCAGAAUUUAUAGGGCACAGAGGAUACAUUAUUGUUAAGUCUGAGCAGUAAUAGGAAGUUGUAUAGGAAAUUUGUAAAUACGAAGAACCCUAUUCCAUCACCAUUUGACAUCAGCAGUGUCACCGUGGGAUAGAAAAGCUUUUCAGUCUCUUGCAGCAAUGAAUUCCAACAAUAAUGUUACACAGAAAGUCCAGGUGUGCCAUUUAUGGUUUAGCAGACUUGAGAGAGAUCAGUUAGGAAAAAAGACAUUUUGCUCAGAUCCCUCUGUCGUCAGUGUCACUGUCCUGAAGUAUUGGUAGUACAUUUUUUAGCAUGUUUAUUGCACCAUUUCUCCAAUAACUUCUCUGUGCUUUUCAUGUUGCUCAUCCCUUUGCUUUCUUAGGACCUAAGGACAGAGAAAACCACCUCUCCGGUCCAGGAUUUAGCUCUGUCAUUUAUCCUAGAUUCCUCCUUGCCUUUUAGGCUGAAACCUCCUUCCCUCUUAAUACAGAGAGAAGCCUAGGGGUUGUUUUUAGACAUUCCCAGCAUUGUCAUCUUCCUCACAGAUAGCAAAGGGGGAUGUUCUGAGGUGCAUCUGCUCUUGGGCAGCUCCAGAAUCGUUUCCUGCCAAUGCUGCAGAGGAAAAUUGGAUGGGCAGUGAAGGGAAGCAGAUUCCUCUGGGGCAUCAUUCAUUUCAUCAUAAGGCAGGCAUUUCAAGUAGGUGAAAUAUACUGCUCUCUGAGCAUGCUUAUGUCUUCCCCUUUGACUAUCAGGGGAACUGAGGGCCACUCAGCUCAAAUGUGGACUGCUACAUUGGACAUUACCACAAGCAGGUGAGAUGGGACCUAGGGAAGGUGUGAUGGCUUUCCCAGAAUAGUGAUGCUUUCUCAGUAAGUGUCUGUGUUAUUUAAAUGGCAGUUGGUAAAUUCAGAGCAGUUUUUAAUUUUCUGUAUGUCUACAUUUAUAGUAAUCCUCAUAUCAAUAAGUUUUGGCUUUAAUGCAGUCCAUACCUACAUCUUAUUAAAGGUAGUCACCUUAAUACUCCCUUACUAGUAAGUAAAGAGGCAUUUCUGGAGCAUGUUUUUUCUGUCCUAUUUAAAAUGUCUGCAUUAGGAUGAGAUGAAUUUCAGCAAAUUUAACUAUUUGCUGAAAGUUGGACUGAAGCACCUGAUUCUGGGCAACCCAGGCCAACAGCCAUCUCAGAGUUGUUAGCUUUUGGGAAGGCUGGUAUCACGGUGUAACUUCUUCCUAUUUUGGUGGCCUCUAGGGGCUUUGUUCACCGUAUGAGAUGCUGUGCAAACACACAGCAGCUGACAGCUUCUUACCAAGGGAAGGGGAGAGCUCACAUCACAAGGGAUAAGUGGUAGCAGUAGAUGAGGCAAACAAACAGGAAGAUGACCCCUGCCCACAUACAAGAUAAAAAGGAAGACUAUAAGCCAUUUAUUCCCCUUUCUUUUUGAACAAAGUCUCUCUUACAGGCUUCUCUAGUAUAUGUGAAUUAUAUGAGCUCAGUUAAAAAUUCAGGUUUCUCAUAAUUUACAGCAGUGUAACUUUGUAUCUCUCUCUAAUGUCUCCCUGUUUUGGAGGGCGACAUUUUCUGCUGAAAGGUCUUCAUGAACCUAUCAACCAGUAGUCAAUUUAAAGCCUUUAAAUGUACUCAUUAAUACUUCAAGAUUUGGAGAUAGUCUUCCUGAGAGAUUUAAAACCACUUACAGGGAGACUACUUAGUUGAAGGCAGAGUUUUUUAAAUGUUUUUUGAGCCAUCAACAGUUCAAACCCUCUCGAAGGUUUCUGUGGAGAAGUACCAUGCGUCAGCAGGCAGCAGUGAGAGUUUGAUCAGGCAGUGGCAUAAAGCACAUUCAUCAUGGUACGGAGACCGCUUGUUUUCCUAUUAAGUGGUCAAGACAAGCAGACUGCUUAAUUGCUGCCAUUUCUUCAGCAGCACCAGUAUUAAUGUGCCAUUUGCAUCCAGAGGUGACGGUAGCAAAUCCAGCACACUGGCUGCAUGGAGCCAUUCCGUGGCACUGCUGCUUGGAUGGCUCAGCCCCAUGACCUUGCACUGUAAACAGCUGAUCAGGUACCAUAAGCAAUGGUUGUAGCAUUCAGACGUGCAGCAUGUGCUUUGCCUCCCCAUCAGAGGCUACGCCACAAGUGUCUACACCUCAUGAAGAUUUUAAGGUUUGCCUUCCUGAUAAUGUAUCAGCAACACGAAGGGAAACUGUGACCCCAAGUAACAUCAAGUGGAAUCAAUGAAAUUCCAUGUCUGCAGAAGGUACUGAGUCAAGACUUUCACUGUCCUGAGCAGCCUUCUCUGAGUGGUCCUGGCCUUGAGCACGGUGUCAGACUUGAUGCCAUGCAGAGAUCGCUUCCAGUUCACAUUGUUCUGUGGGGCUCUGCAGAGAUUCAGUGAUGACUGGUUGCCACAGGCAGAGACUCUCUGUUAGGAGAGACAGUUUCAGGAUGAAGCAUGUUUAUCCUCAGCUAUUUCUGCAUGAGUUCAGUGCAGGACAGAGUUGUGAGGUAUUAAUGUUCCCUUAGCAUAAAAUCAACACUGCAAACAUCUCUCACUGUAAAUAUCAUCUGCACCACAGAACUCUUAAAAUGGAGAAAAUCAGGCAUUUGUGCCUGUAACUUUAUCUAAUCUGCCCUUAUUCUUUCUGGCUUACAAUGCUCACUUUUUCUUAUAAGCUCUAUGAAUCAGAAAGCCUCAUCAGUGACUGAGGAGUUGCACAAACAGCUGGAUUUGCAGAGGCAGCUUGGGCAAUGACUGGUUCUUGGCUGGAUAGAAAGGAUUUAUAAAGAAGCUUGAACAAAUUCCGUAACUUCAAAAAAGUCUCAAAUAUAAAGCAAAGUUUUUUGGCUCUUAGAGACUUCUCUGGUGCAGCUAUAGCUUUCAGGAAUACUUGAGCACUACAUGGUGCUCAGCACAGGAAAGAAACAUUAUAUCCUCUGUACUGUUCGCCUCUUGCCCCAGGUCCCCUUAAACUCACAUAGUAAAGCAAACCCCCACACAAUAAUCAGUCAUAGGGUAAUACAAUUUUUCAAAGUUGAGCAGUGCUGCCCAGAAUAUAGAUUUAUAUAGUCAGAAAUGUACUGAAUGUAACAUGUCCCACCUGCUCUCCAAGCCAAAGGUGAGAGCUCCUUGCUCUGGAGAAGCCUGGAGGGAUGGCUUUUGAACAUCUAAACCCAAGCCCUUCUGGGUGAGUGGAAACCCCACUGAAGGGGCGGAGAAGAUUUUUGUAGAGGACUUUUAGCUCAUAGUCGGUUUGAGUAGCUAGAGGUGCACUGAGAACAUGAAGGGACUGGGGAGGAGGGAGCAUGUGACCAGAUAUGCUCAGUGGUGAUUGCUGGAGGUAUAAGACAGUACAUGCUUAGGUAGCCGUUGUGUUCACUCAGGCUUUUGACAUUCACAUGUAAACUAGUCAUCAGGGCCUGGUUUAGGGACAGCUUGGAGUACCAUAAUCCUUAAUCUGGUGCUUCCUGUACACACAGACUGGCUGAGUGUGCCAGCCUCCUGAUUAAGCCAUUAGAUAUGCUGGGACAAGCGGUUUCCUGUGUGAUCUGGGGAGCAGAGUGGUUGCAUCUGGGAACUGCACUUGCAAGGUUACUCUUUGCCUCAGUGCAGGACUAAUGAGGAGUUCAGCUUUGGGACAAUCAUUCAAGAGCACUCUAAGCACUUCUACUGUGUGCUCCUCAAAGAAAAUUGCAGUCUGAACAGAAACUGCAUGACUGAAAGACACGGAUUAUUAGAGCAUUUACCUAGGAAUUGCAGUAAGGCAACUCACUUUAUGUGUAGCUGGGAAGAAGGAAUCAGCAGGAGCCUUCACAGGGACUCCUAACUAUGAAAUCAUAUUUAGAACAGGAACUAAGAAGAGACGAGUGUGCUUCCCUGAGAGUGACUACGAGGUCAGGUCACCAUCAAAAAAGAGCCUGGUAAGGGUUGGUCGCCAUCUUGCAGCAGGGAGAGAGAUUAUAGGAGACUUUAGAUCUGUGAAUAAAAAGCUUCUUAACCUGGAGGCUUCACUGUAGUCAGUGAAACAAGGCUUCUUCCUAGUGGCAGCUCUGGGAGUACCUUCCUGGGAGGUACCAAAAGCCUGAGAGGGGAUUUAGUCUUUGUUCAGCAAAGAGAAAUCUCUUUGUGUCUCCAGUGCAGACGAACAUUUCUCCGUGCUGUGCACCAGCACAAAACACAGCCUUUGGUUUGUACCAACCAUCCACUCAUCAGAAGCUCCAGAGCAGCCAGGAGCAGCCAGAAUCCUGUUACCUGAUCACCCCAGGGCUUUCCAACAGCUUGCCCGGGUGUGCCUUACAUUGUACUGCCAUAUUGAUGCCAUGCUUCCCUGCCAGGGAGGUGAGGCAUAUGAGCGUCCUGCCGAGGGGACACCUCCAUUUGCAGCUGGGCCAUGCUUGCAACUUGGUGCCUGUACAGAUGAAUCUAAUUUGCAGACCAUGUCUCUGCAAUGCAGACAGAACCACUACGUACACCCUCCAGUCAGCUACUCUUCCAUUAUAGCCAAUGUGAAUGGUUGCAGCUAAUUGUGAACAGUUUUUAGAUCUUCAGUCAUAGUGUUUUUAUUAUCCAUGGAUGCUGCUAUUUUAUAUUCUGUGUUAGUAUUCAAAUAAUAUUGCAUAUGAAUAGCAUAGAAGAAAUAGACCAACCAGUUGAUAAUUUUAAACACAGACCUCCUCAGCAAAGAAAAGCUAGAAAAACCUUGAUAAACUCUGACCCCUUGCACUUUCACAGUAGUGAGCACAUCAUGUCUCAAAGUGUUUUUUGAUGCUAAAGUGUAUGUUAAAUCUGAUUAAUUCACAGUUAUGUCCGUGAGAAGCUUUGCAAACAAGAGAGCAAGGGAACAAACGAUGAGCAGAGAUAAUGCACAUUCAAAUGAAUUUUCUUUGCUUAAAAACUCAAGCAAUUGGAGUUUUUAAUUAUUUAAAAUAGUUUUUAAGUACAAAUUAAAAGUACCACAGCAUACUUUCAGCAGAUAAGUCAGUGUUAGCAAUUUAAUCCCUCAUUUCAGUACCGCUGAAUGAUAUGAAUGGGGCUGAGAAGCAAGACAAGAAAGUGAAGAAAGAGGCCUUUUUGUGUGCAUCAGUGAAGCCAUAAGGCUGCAACGUUCAAUGCAGUCAAGGGGCCAAAAUGGUGGAUUUGAGCAAGAUGUGGAGGUUUUUGUGUUAAGUACAAGCUACAGUCUGGUGCAGAAAAGCACUAUGAAUCAUAGAUAGAUUUAAUAGCGUCACUUUUGUCCGUGAACAAUUCUGCCCUCUCUUUUUCAUCAGAAUGAAAGCAAAACGUCUGCUCCACCUACAAGAAAGUAUUAUUCACAGUUAGUGAUACUCUGUAAAACAGUGUAGAUCGCUGCGUAAAGAAUGCUACCUGGACUGUUGCCUCUUGGGCAUGAAAAAUCUCAGACAUAUUUAGUUUCAGGAGCCUCAGAUCAGGGCAGCUCAGAGUCCUCCCACCAGCCCAACUACUCUGGCCUAUGCCCUGUUGUAUCAAGAAAGAUAAAGCAACUAAUCAUCAAGUGGACAUUUUCACAAGCAUUCCUCCUGAUGCAUUUGAGGCAUUCUGAAGUCAACAUAUUUAGUCUGAUGUUUGAACAACAACUUAAUUUUCUCUGGCUGGAAUUAUUCUAUUGUAAAAGGGAUUAUUCACAUCUUGUGUUUUACUGUUAAUAAAGAUAUUUCGGAUUUAAGAGCUC